AUUCAAUUAUUAAAUCAAAGUGAAUGGAGUGUGAGAGUCACUUGAGGUCUACCUUCUCCACACCAAGACAAAAAAGUCUCCAUCUGGAUUUUCCACCCCAAUCUCAAUCCUCUAUUAUUUUUGUCAAAAGCAGCUACUGAGAAAAUUCAUCUUCCUUGCUGAGCAAGUACUACUACUUUCCACACCAGAAAAGCAAUGAAUUUGGUACCUCUCAAUCAAUUGUACCCUUAUUUCUUCCUCCAUUUGCGCCUAUAUAAAUAAUUGCAUCUACAUAUAAUCACACUCAAACCCUUUUCUCUCUGUAUCCCUUGUAUAAAUAUAUAUAUAUAUAAUGGCGGACACUACUUCCAACGGCCACCCUUUGUUUAGCUGCAGGAUUUGCCAGAAUCCCAUCGCUCUCAGAGAUGAUCUUCUCUCAAAACGCUUUCUGGCAAAAUCAGGGAAAGCAUACCUUUUUCGUCACGCAAUGAAUGUAGUGGUGGGUAAAAAGGAAGAUAGACAACUAAUGACAGGUUACUUCAGUGUUGCUGAUAUAUUCUGCAGCAAAUGUGGACAGGAAUUGGGUUGGAAGUAUGUUAAAGCUUAUGAUCCAGCACAGAAGUACAAGGAAGGCCGUUUCAUCAUCGAGACUGCCAAAAUUCACAAACAAUAUUAACUUAUUACGUCAAUCCUAAGUCCUAAUUCAUGUAAAUUAAUAGAACUUCUGCUCUAUCUAGUAAUUAAAUCAUGAUGUUGAAAACGCUACUUUUAGCCUUUAAUUUGUGUAUUGACAUGCUGCUGAUCUGAAAAAAGACAGGGUAAGCAUUUAAUAUAAGAAGCAGUUUAUCAUA